AUGACUUUCAAUAUCACCAUAGGUCCAAGUCCUCAUGCAUCGGAUCAUUCUAUCUCCGACGAAGAAGAUACGUCUGGCAUUCAAGACUCUCCACCGCCCGAUACUGGGAGACGCGUUUACGAGGACCCGUAUGAUGAAUGGGCAGAUAUCCCCUAUCCGGACAAGCUGAAGCCUAGUGAUUCAGUCUCAAGACCUCGAACAAGCUAUAGGCUACGAACAAAAAGGACACCGUAUGUUGAACGCAGGAGAACAUCUAUGGAAGAACGAAGAAGAAGCAGACAACGAGACGCAGCACCAAUCCCGGAAUCGCCCCCAUCCGUAUCCACCCAUCGCGACGAGUGGCUGAUCUGUUCCGGCGACAACGACAAAGACAUUACCGUCCACGUCGACUUGGACGUAGGGCUGGACAUUAACCAUUACCUAGACCGUCUAGCUCGACUGUGCCGACUGGGGCAUUUCACUCAGGGAGUCCGGCUUUUUGAGGAGCGUCUUGUCCCCCAUGUUGAUUUCUUCCCCGUGGUAGCCGAAUAUGCAGACCUUCUCCUGGAGCAAGAGAGCUUCGGGCGCCUCCAUGAAUUCAUCUCCGGUCGCCUACUUGAUCCUUACGUUAACCUCUCAGAUGAAGAGGUUCUUUUACUUAAGACCCUCAGAUCUCUUGCUGGCAUCCAUACAAGAGGAGCAUUGAUACCGGCGUUGGAGAUGACAGCAGAGGCGUUGGAUUAUCUCACGGGCAAGUCCCCCAAGAGUUUAUCAAAGUCUACAACCGUAUCUGGGCUCAAGAUCCAGUUAAUGGAGGCCUGUGUACGCAUCAUCGCAUAUGCAGCUGCACACUCAAACUUCCUGGAGACGGAACCUUUCCAGUCUCUCUUGCAUUGGUCAGUCAUCGGCGAUAGGGUAAAAGGGAAGGAUGACGAUAAGAACAUCAAAUAUCUGCGCUAUAAUGAACCUAAGUCAACCUUUGACCCCUCUCAGUCGGAGUCUCGUCUCCAACAAGGAUCUGCUGGUGAUAACGCUCAAUCCAGAGGCAAGGUUACUCGGCAGAACUAUCCUCGAAUGGGUGGCUGGUAUCAUCACCUGGUCAGUCAAGGCUUUCUAUGGGAGUCACACCGGAUCUUACGAGCUGUGUUGCCUUUGCUUGGGGGUAGUGACGGGAAUUACAUAGUCAAUGGUGGUUUCGAAGAAUUCGUCCAGCUCGACGACAUAUCCAAAGCCGGAAAGCUAUUUCAUCUGCCUGAAGAGGGCUCGACGGAUGAGCAGCUUCUCCUGACAGAGUUUGCAAAUGCAUCUCUGCUUGCGAGCUUUUUGGCCCCUGAUUCUUCCCUCGAGACCGUCCGUACGGCCCAUAAGCAAUUCUAUAAGAAGUCACACACUCUAGCGUCGACCAUACUCUCAGCACAUCCUUACUUGGUCAAUAGUCGACCAUAUUUAAAUUGGGUGUCGUUUGAAUGUACUCGGGGGUUACGGGCAGACAGUCAGCUUCAAUUGCCGGUCAAUCAGCAAAGACCGAUUUCGGAGAUAUGGUCCCAGGGUGUUUUGAGCAGAGUGCAGUUUCUCCAACAGAAUAGCCUGUUGAACUUUGGACAAGCAGAACUGAAAAAGGCACACGGUAAGCUUGUAUCUUACCAGAGUCUUGAGAUUGUUUCUGCAAGCGCCAAAGAACUCGGGGAUUAUAAGUUGGAGAGGUCUGUGCUUGAGAAAAAAUACCAAAGCUCUCACGACUCUAGCGAAAGCCUUCAGGUAAUACGAGAUCUAGCCCGGUUACAUCGCGACACGCGGCAAGACAUUUCGGGGUAUCUUCAAUGCUUAGUUGACGAGUAUCUGCUGCUGACGACUGGAAAUUCUACUGAUCGUGAAACGAUGCGCCAAGAUCUUCAGCGUCGUCUUUCUGAAUUUGACAGCGCCUUCCCUUUCCGCUUCGAUUACGAUGCAACUGCGCAUCGCAACUUGGCAAUUGUCUUCUUCGACAACCCUUUGUUAAAGUGGAUGGAAAGAAGGGUUUGGUACCCAUUGCUCAAAAGCUUGGGUCGAGACGUUGAAGCGGAAGUAGCGCGGGUGCAACUGCCAAGUGCCGAACGUUAUCUUCCGAAACAUAUUCUCUCUCAGAUGAAUCCUCUGACUCAGUCUCCGGUGGUGGAAUUGGAUAAAAGACCAGACCCAGCGCCUGGGACAUCGGUUCCGGAACGAAAUAACCCAAAUCGAACAUCGCGCGCGAUUCUACAGGAAGGCUAUCGCAGCGACGGGGCGACGGACGAUGGAAUAGCCAACCUCGAAAAAGCGCUCCAUUCUGCGCGAUGCAUGAAGAAGGAAAAAGAAGCCAAGGAGCGUGACGAGAAAGAAAAGGAAGAUCAAGAGCAGGAGCGACAGAUGCUUGAGGAAAAGCUUGCCGAGGCCGAGAGAGAACGGAGAAGUGCAGAAAAGCGAGCAAGCGCGGCAGAGGCAGGAAUGCGCGGUAUGCUUGGGCGGGAGCAGCGGCUACUGAUCUUAAAGGAUCCAGUAGGCAGAACAUUCGUAUUUCCUUUUGAUCAAUGUAGUAGCAUUGCGGCAAUGAAGGAGCUCAUGCAGCAGACCUUUUUGGAUGAUCCUUUUCUUUCGCCCUAUAUUGCCAAGGGUGAUUAUGAAUUCACUGAUUUUGAUGGUAAACCCAUAUCACAGGACGAUUGGGCGUCGGUCAUUCAACCUGGCGGGACAAUCACGAUGCAUUCCAAGACUAAACCGGAGGAGAAGAUAUAUCAGGGCCCAGAAAAGGAAGACUUGGAACCUGAGGGUCCGAGGAAUGACCGGCAAUCAACGGAUGAGGGUGUCUAUCAACCGUACAUUAUUGAAGAGUCAGAUGAGGAGUUGGAUGACAAGCAAGACGACAAGCAAGAUGAAGAAGCCAGGGAUGAUGAUAGCGAAAAUCGAUCCGACGAUGAACCUCUACAGUCUCCACGGUACACUGGGAGGUACUGA